AUGAGCUUCUUCACUCAGAUCGCCGAUGCCCUGACAUCUGCAACAUCCACGUGCUCCGUCAAUGAAGAGGUGCGAAAGGUUCGCACCACGGCAGACCCAUCGAUGGCACCUGAGGAUGCCCUUGAGCUGUUGAAGGAGGGCAAUCGUCGAUUUGUGGAUGGACAACCCUUGGGUUCCAAGACUCAGAACGUCCAACGGCACCAGUUGGUGGAUGAAGGUCAGGCACCCCACACCGCCAUCAUCGGCUGCGCCGAUUCGCGUGCUCCGUUGGAAACAAUUUUUGAUGCCAUGCCCGGUGACAUCUUUGUGCUGCGCAAUGCUGGCAACACUUGUACUCACGCUGAGGGCAGCAUGGUGGGUUCGCUCGAGUUCUGCACCGGCAAGCUGGGGAGCCGCCUGAUUUUGGUGCUGGGCCAUACCAAAUGCGGAGCCAUCUACGGCGCCACUAAGACCUUUUUGGAUGCCCAGGCGCAGGCGCAGGAGCCGAAAAAGGCCGGCUCUGCCUUGGAGGGUCUGCUGAAAGACCUUGGCUCCGUGGCCCAAGAAGCAGCAGACGAACUGGGACCUGGUGCCAGCUCAGAUGAAGUGGCAGCACAUGCCGUGAAGGUGAACGUCUUCCACAGCAUGAAUUUCUUGUUGAAGUUUAGUGACAGUAUCCGAGAGGCUGUCAAGUCUGGACAGGUGCAGCUCCAGGGUGGGAUCUACCAUCUGGAGACGGGAAAGGUUGAAUUCCUUGGAAAGUCUCCGGUCCAAAGUGAGCUGCUGAGCAGCACUGCCUCCAUCCCUCCUUCCAUGACUUCCAUGGUUGAGAGAGAAAGUCGUGGCCUCCAUGGUGUGCGCACAGCGGCAGACGAGCGCGUUCCAUCGGAUGCGGCUUUGAAGAUGCUGAAGGCCGGCAACGAGCGUUUCGCCACUGGCGCGGUGACCGCCGGCACCACCUCCGGCGAGAUGAGGAAGGCCCUGGUGAAGUACAACCAAGCGCCUCACAGUGCCAUCAUCGGAUGCGCCGAUUCACGUGUUCCGGUGGACACCAUCUUUGAUGCCACGCCCGGAGAGCUGUUUGUGCUGAGGAACGCGGGCAACACUUGUACCCACGCGGAGGGGAGCAUGGUGGGUUCGCUCGAGUUCUGCACCGGCAAGCUGGGGAGCCGCCUGAUCAUGGUCCUGGGACACACGCAGUGUGGUGCCAUUGCUGGCGCCACUGCGACCCACCAAGCAGGUGGAGAGGUGAAAGCCCCGGGCUGCGCCCUGGAAGGCCUGCUACAGGGCCUGGCCAGUGUGGCCAAGGAAGCGAGUGACGACUUGGGCCCAGGAGUGUCCCAAGAGAAGCUGGUGAGCCAUGCUGUGAAGGUGAACGUCUUCAACAGCAUGAAUUUCCUGUUGCAGUUUAGCGAACCCAUUCGUGACUUGGUGCGCAAGGGUGAGCUGGACAUCCAGGGUGGCAUCUACCACCUGGAGACCGGUCGAGUGGAAUUCUUGGGUCGUUCUCCCCGACAAGACGAGCUGUUGUCCUCCAAGCUUUCCCUUCCACCCUCCAUGGCCAUGGGCAUGGUCCGCACCUCGGAGGAUGGAACCUUGGAACCCAAGGUGGCCUUGAAGAUGUUGAAGGACGGCAACCAUCGUUUCGUCACCGGUGCUCCGGUGCUUGGAAAGGUGGACUGUCACAUGCGCGAAGCCUUGGCUCUGAAGGGCCAGGCGCCCCAUACUGCCGUGGUGGGCUGUGCCGAUUCGCGUGUGCCACUGGAAACGGUUUUCGAUGCCUUGCCCGGUGAUCUCUUUGUGCUGAGGAAUGCCGGCAACACUUGCACUCAUGCUGAAGGCUCGACUCUGGGGAGCUUGGAAUUCUGCACCGGGGCUCUGAACACUCGGCUGAUCUUUGUGUUGGGCCACACCAACUGCGGAGCUCUCAAGGGAGCCACUGCGGCCUAUCUUUCGCAAGAGAAGCGAGCCAACCAUGCCCUGGACGUCUUGCUGAACGAGCUGGGCUCCGUGGUGUCUGAGGCCAAAAGUCAGUGCGGCAGGAAUGCCACCGCAGAUGAGAUCGCCAGCAAGGCAGUGAAGCUGAACGUCUUCCACACCAUGAAUUUCAUGCUGAAGCACUGCGAUGCCAUCCGCGAGAAGGUGCGCAGUGGUCAGCUGGAGAUCCAGGGCGGCGUCUAUGACUUGAGCACGGGGAAGGUGGAGUUCCUGGGAAAAAGUCCACAAGAGUCCAAGUUGAUCAAGGGCAGCAGCAGUGUGGCGCCCUCUCUGAAGCACAAGAUUGCUGGCAAUUUCACUCUGCCUACCGCUGAGGGUCAUAGCGUAAAGACGCUACGUGUUCCUUCAGUGUUUGGAGACACCUUUGUGACUGGAGAGCUUCAUGUCGUGCUGAUCGCCGAUGCCCUGACAUCUGCAACAUCCACGUGCUCCGUCAAUGAAGAGGUGCGAAAGGUUCGCACCACGGCAGACCCAUCGAUGGCACCUGAGGAUGCCCUUGAGCUGUUGAAGGAGGGCAAUCGUCGAUUUGUGGAUGGGCAACCCUUGGGUUCCAAGACUCAGAACGUCCAACGGCACCAGUUGGUGGAUGAAGGUCAGGCACCCCACACUGCCAUCAUCGGCUGCGCCGAUUCGCGUGCUCCGUUGGAAACAAUUUUUGAUGCCAUGCCCGGUGACAUCUUUGUGCUGCGCAAUGCUGGCAACACUUGUACUCACGCUGAGGGCAGCAUGGUGGGUUCGCUCGAGUUCUGCACCGGCAAGCUGGGGAGCCGCCUGAUUUUGGUGCUGGGCCAUACCAAAUGCGGAGCCAUCUACGGCGCCACUAAGACCUUUUUGGAUGCCCAGCAGGCGCCGCAGGAGCCGAAAAAGGCCGGCUCUGCCUUGGAGGGUCUGCUGAAAGACCUUGGCUCCGUGGCCCAAGAAGCAGCAGACGAACUGGGACCUGGUGCCAGCUCAGAUGAAGUGGCAGCACAUGCCGUGAAGGUGAACGUCUUCCACAGCAUGAAUUUCUUGUUGAAGUUUAGUGACAGUAUCCGAGAGGCUGUCAAGUCUGGACAGGUGCAGCUCCAGGGUGGGAUCUACCAUCUGGAGACGGGAAAGGUUGAAUUCCUUGGAAAGUCUCCGGUCCAAAGUGAGCUGCUGAGCAGCACUGCCUCCAUCCCUCCUUCCAUGACUUCCAUGGUUGAGAGAGAAAGUCGUGGCCUCCAUGGUGUGCGCACAGCGGCAGACGAGCGCGUUCCAUCGGAUGCGGCUUUGAAGAUGCUGAAGGCCGGCAACGAGCGUUUCGCCACUGGCGCGGUGACCGCCGGCACCACCUCCGGCGAGAUGAGGAAGGCCCUGGUGAAGUACAACCAAGCGCCUCACAGUGCCAUCAUCGGAUGCGCCGAUUCACGUGUUCCGGUGGACACCAUCUUUGAUGCCACGCCCGGAGAGCUGUUUGUGCUGAGGAACGCGGGCAACACUUGUACCCACGCGGAGGGGAGCAUGGUGGGUUCGCUCGAGUUCUGCACCGGCAAGCUGGGGAGCCGCCUGAUCAUGGUCCUGGGACACACGCAGUGUGGUGCCAUUGCUGGCGCCACUGCGACCCACCAAGCAGGUGGAGAGGUGAAAGCCCCGGGCUGCGCCCUGGAAGGCCUGCUACAGGGCCUGGCCAGUGUGGCCAAGGAAGCGAGUGACGACUUGGGCCCAGGAGUGUCCCAAGAGAAGCUGGUGAGCCAUGCUGUGAAGGUGAACGUCUUCAACAGCAUGAAUUUCCUGUUGCAGUUUAGCGAACCCAUUCGUGACUUGGUGCGCAAGGGUGAGCUGGACAUCCAGGGUGGCAUCUACCACCUGGAGACCGGUCGAGUGGAAUUCUUGGGUCGUUCUCCCCGACAAGACGAGCUGUUGUCCUCCAAGCUUUCCCUUCCACCCUCCAUGGCCAUGGGCAUGGUCCGCACCUCGGAGGAUGGAACCUUGGAACCCAAGGUGGCCUUGAAGAUGUUGAAGGACGGCAACCAUCGUUUCGUCACCGGUGCUCCGGUGCUUGGAAAGGUGGACCGUCACAUGCGCGAAGCCUUGGCUCUGAAGGGCCAGGCGCCCCAUACUGCCGUGGUGGGCUGUGCCGAUUCGCGUGUGCCACUGGAAACGGUUUUCGAUGCCUUGCCCGGUGAUCUCUUUGUGCUGAGGAAUGCCGGCAACACUUGCACUCAUGCUGAAGGCUCGACUCUGGGGAGCUUGGAAUUCUGCACCGGGGCUCUGAACACUCGGCUGAUCUUUGUGUUGGGCCACACCAACUGCGGAGCUCUCAAGAGAGCCACUGCGGCCUAUCUUUCGCAAGAGAAGCGAGCCAACCACGCCCUGGACGUCUUGCUGAACGAGCUGGGCUCCGUGGUGUCUGAGGCCAAAAGUCAGUGCGGCAGGAAUGCCACCGCAGAUGAGAUCGCCAGCAAGGCAGUGAAACUGAACGUCUUCCACACCAUGAAUUUCAUGCUGAAGCACUGCGAUGCCAUCCGCGAGAAGGUGCGCAGUGGUCAGCUGGAGAUCCAGGGCGGCGUCUAUGACUUGAGCACGGGGAAGGUGGAGUUCCUGGGAAAAAGUCCACAAGAGUCCAAGUUGAUCAAGGGCAGCAGCAGUGUGGCGCCCUCUCUGAAGCACAAGAUUGCUGGCAAUUUCACUCUGCCUACCGCUGAGGGUCAUAGCGUAAAGACGCUACGUGUUCCUUCAGUGUUUGGAGACACCUUUGUGAUUGGAGAGCUUCAUGUCGCGCUGGUGUCUCCAGAAACCCUUUUUGUGCAACGUCCGUGCACUCAUGAAAAGACUGAUGCAGCCAAGGGCGCUGGCGAAUUCUUGGGGAGCAUUGCUUGCAGCAUUGCAAAUUUGCAUUCUGGCAGAACCAUAUGUUUCAAUGGUUCUGGAAAGAGCAACCUCUUCAAUGCCAUCCUUUUUGUGAUUUCUGACCACUUUGGGAGUUUAAGACAGGAGACGCGAAGAUCCCUGCUGCACGAGGGUGCCGGACCUGCUGUUCUGACGGCCUUCGUUGAGAUUGUGCUGCCGUCGGAGUUCUGUCUUACGCCGGCCAUGCAGAGCUGUUUUGCAAGAAGUGGGUCCAACGUGACCGUCAACGCAACAACUGCCAAGCAACGCGCCGGUGUUCGGGACAAAGCACAUUUGAAGCGGACCUUGUCAACAAUUGAGAAGGAUUCCCUUCGCUACAAGGUGGGCAACAUGAAGCCCUGGAUGGAUGAAGAUGGCACGGUCAUCUGGUCGAAAUCGAGGAUUUUCAUUGCCCAGUGGGUGCUCUCGCAGACCUUUGAGACAGUCAUGGGAGUCAUCAUCGCUGUCAACAUUUUGCUGAUGGUUUUCGAAACAAAUGCAGAUGCAAAAUGCUACCCCGAAUUCGAUGGACGCUUGGAAGCUUGCCCUUACCGCAGCACUUCCAUCGCCUGGCUCCAGGUGGUGAACAUCCUCCUAUUGGUGCUCUAUACCUUGGAAUGCUUCCUGCGAGCCUUCGUGGAACGUGGCAACUAUCCGUGGAACAGGUGGAAUCAGAUCGACUUGGUCACCGUAGUGUUGGGAUGGGUUGGGGUCUUUGUGUCGACCACCACGUUGAAUUUCAACGUCCUACGUAUCAUCCGCGUGGUGCGUUUGAUGCGGGCCGCGCGGGUGGUGAUCUCAAUCCCCGAGUUCUAUAUCUUAGUCAGUGGUUUGACGUCUUCCUUCAAGGCGAUCCUCUUCGGCUCGGUGAUGCUCCUGUCGGUAAUUUUGGUCUGGGCCAUCGUUGUGGUGGAGCUCCUUCAUCAGGAGAACGUGAAGAUUACGCACGUGAGCACCUGUUGGCGCUGCCGCGAGGCCUUUGCCAGCGUGCAAAAUGCCGCGCUGACGAUCUUCCAGCAGAUCGUGGCAGGCGAUUCCUGGGGUGAGACGAGUAUUCCCCUGGCGAUUCACCAGCCAUGGACGAUGUUCAUCCUCUUUGCCAUCAUGAUGACCAUCUCCUUAGGCUGCAUGAAUCUGAUCUUGGCCGUCAUCGUGGAACGGGCGACCGAAGCACGCGAAAACGAUCAGCAGCGAAAGAUGCAGAAGAAGGACGCCGAGCAGGAGGCCAACAUGGUCGAAAUGGCCUUGCUGUGCGACAGUAUGGAUAUGGAUGGGAACGGCCACCUGUCGCUGGAGGAAAUGUUGGAAGCCUACGAUCACAACCCCGAGUUCAAGAACUUGAUGCAACAGAUGGACAUCCGCCGCUCUGAUAUUACGACCAUCUUUAAUGUGUUGGACGGAGACUGCUGCGGUGAAGUUUCGUAUGUUGAGUUUUGCCAGCAGCUUGGGACCUGCAGGAAGCGGGACCCCAUCAUGAUGCAUUCCUUGGUAAAGUACUCUGUGAUGGAACUGCAGAAAACCAUUCAGCACGACAUCAUGGAGAAACUUAACGAGUUCACCGAGGCCAUGCUGGAGCAGCGGGAGAUGCUCCAUGAAGAGCUGCAGUUGCUGUAUGCCCUACCGGUGGAUCCCAAGGUCAAGGAGGCGGCCCAAAAGCGCCGUGCCCAACGAGUUCUUAGGCGACAAGGUAAGAAGCAAGGCAACCCACAGUACUUCGACGGCGAUGGUGGUGGUGCCAGCGUGCACGGACACGAGGUGGCAAAUCGGGAGACCACCGCUGUGACCGACCAGGUCAUUAACUCGCUGGAAAGCACCUGCCACAGCUUUGAGGACAUGCAGUCAGAACUGCAAGCUCUCAUCAAACACGCCGAGGAACUGACUUCCUGGGCUCUGAGUUCUGAACGCCAGGGACGUGAAACAGGCCUCCCGGCGCCAGCGGAGCCGCUGGAGCCGCCGGAGCCGCAGGCGGUCCGGGUGAGGUUCGAAGAUCCGUUGGAUCCGUUGGAUCCGUUGAAGCCGUUGGAUGACGAUGGGGAGCUGGGAAAAAAGUUUUCAAAGCUCCUGAAGACACUGAGAGAAAGAAUGAGCGAAGAAGAAGAACUACAAAGAAGAUGUAAAGCAGCUAUUCAAAGCAUGGAUAUGCUGUGCUUGGAUGGCCGCGGUCGCUACUUUUACUGCUAAGCAGGCGCUGACAGACUUCUAAGUACUUCUAAGCGUUGACAGUAGCGGAGAG